CUUUUUGACAGGUGCCGCAUCAUAAUAACUACUGAAGAGGUUAGACAUGCUGCAUCUUCUAAUCGCUUUAGCUUUGCUCAGAGGAGCUUAUCCUUUGGAAAUUGUGGCACGAGGAGUAACGGCUGUUGUGUUUGGUCAGGAUGCUUCUCUCUCUUGUAUCCUGCCGUUCGCGUCCGGCGUCAAACAGGUGACAUGGCAGCGGGUGCGCGCGCAGGAUGUACACACUCUGGCCACGUUCAGCGAGCGCUUCAAGGAUAAUGUGGACGAGGACUUUGUCGGAAAAAUCACUUUCCAAGCAUCAUUUAAUUCAACAACUAUUGAGAUAAAAAACACAACAUUUGAAGAUGAGGCUUGCUACAUUUGUUCCUUUAAGUAUCCAACUGGACCCAAACGAGAAACCUUGUGCGUCACUGUUAAAGGUAUCUCAGAAAUAACAGCGGCAGUGAAUCCUGCAGACACUUCUGACACAGAAGUUGUGGUUUCAUGUUCAGCCACUGGUAAACCAGCUCCAACAAUCCAGUGGAAAUCCAGAGAACAAGAGCUGAAGCACUUCAGGUCAGAUGAUUUCACAACCUACAACAAAGACAGCUCAACCACUGUUACAAGCAACAUAUUACUUCUGCUAUCCCAGUUUCAUGGCAAGUACGUGGAGUGUUUGGCUCAGAGUGAUGAGAUUGAGAGGAGCGAAACAAUUUAUUUACCUCGACAACAACAUCCUGAUGAAGAUGCAUCAAGAAAUUACAUCAUCACAUUUUCGGUCCUUGCUGUCAUUGCUGUUGUGGUUAUUCUCAUUACUGUCGUCUUUAUUUACUGCAAACGAAAAAGAGACCGGUUUUGGCUAAAUUCUUCUGCUGAAAAACUUCAUGACUCAAAUGAGGAAUGUUAAAGGAGGAGAGCUACCUCAAAAGCGUAUCGUUUGUUUUGUCACUGAGAUUUUUUUUGUGUGUGUUUCUUAAAGAAUUCCUUUAUUUCCAAUUUUUACUUAUUUAUUAAAUGAAUUGAAUUUAUUUUUACAUUACUAUGUAAUGCUACAAUAUACAGAUUUGGUAUAUUUUGAUAGAAGCUGGUUGAAUGUAAUGGAAUUUCACAACAUUUUUUUAUUACAUCCUCUAAAGUUGAAACAGUAAUUUAUAAAUGCAAGUUCUGUGUUGUUCUUUCUUUAAUGUUUUCUCGUGAUGUCAUGAAGGAAUUUUUUGAUGAUUUUAAUGUCAUCCUAUGUAUUAAUAGACUAAUCCUUUCAUUAAUAGUUUAAUUCUGUUUUUAACUUAUUACAUGAAUGCAUGCUGAUGUGUUUAUCUGCAUAUAACCGUAUAUGCUUAACCUCAUCUAACCUUGCUCCAUAACAGCUGUGUCUUUAUGUGACUGAUAACCGAGAAGUUAACUCCUCUGUACUUGUUAUCAACAAAAUGUUACAACUAUACUUUCAGAGUGUGCUCAUUUACAGGAACAAUAUCGGACGGGAAGGGCGAAGGGUCUCUGCAGGCUCUGUUAUGUGUAUGCUUAACUUUUUCUAUGCAGAUUUGCUGUUCUGCCUAACAACUGAUGAUUGAACUGAUCUGGAUGGAGGAUAUUUUUUACUGAAGUGUGACGAAGGGAGACGACGAUAAAUAUGGGUGGAACGAGGGUGUGGUUGUGUGUGCCCAGCUAACACAGACUGCCUGUGUUGCUGUUCUUUGAGACCUGGAGCUCUGUAAUGCUUUCUUUAUCUAAUUAAAUAAAUUGUUUAAACUUA